AGCGGUGAAGGGAAGCGGGAGGGCAGCGCUGCUGUCUGACGGCGUUGGGGAGCGUGGCCCGCCCGGCUCUGUCGCUUUGCGGUGUUCAUGGGCAGCGUGCGUUGGGCCUUUCCCUGUGCCGCCUGGCGUCCCUGCCGCCAGGAGUGGCUGCUGGCCGCGCGGUUGGUGCAGCCCGAGGAGAAGGACCGCAUCGGCCAGUUUGUCUUUGCCCGCGAUGCCAAAGCCGCCUUGGCUGGUCGCCUGCUGAUGCGGAAAUUAAUUGCAGAGAAGUUGUGCAUACCUUGGAAUGAAAUAUGCUUGCAAAGGACAUCGAAAGGAAAACCUUUCCUGGCAAAUAACGUACUCAGUAUCUAUUCGAAUUACAACUUCAAUGUCUCUCAUCAAGGAGAUUAUGCAGUUCUUGCAGCUGAGCCUGAGCUUCAAGUUGGCAUUGAUAUUAUGAAGACUAAUUUGCCAGGCAGUAGCUCAAUUCCAAAUUUCUUUCAUAUCAUGAAGAGACAGUUUACUGAAACAGAGUGGAGUGUAAUCAAGUCUAUGAGUAAUGAAUGGAUGCAGCUGGAUAUGUUUCAUCGGCACUGGGCCUUGAAGGAAAGCUUCUUAAAGGCUAUUGGAGUAGGAAUUGGCUUUAACUUACAAAGAAUUGAAUUUAAUGUGUCCCCACUACAACUGGAAAUAGGGAAUGUGUAUAAGGAGACAAAAAUGCUUCUGGAUGGAGAUGAAGAAGAAGAGUGGACAUUUGAAGAAACCCGGUUAGAUGACCAUCAUCACGUUGCAGUGGCCCUUGGGAAACAGGAGGGACUUGUACAGAAGCAUUCUGAUGUAUGGUCCAUGGAGCCUAAUCAGCCUCAGUUCACAUUACUGACUUUUGAAGAUUUAGUCUCAUCUGGUAUUCCAGUCACACCUGAGGAUUCUGGAUACUGGGAUAAUUUUUGUUCUAAGCAGGAGAGUCCAGUGAAACAGAAUUCACUUUCAAGACAAGACUGCUUAUAAGAAGAAAAUUGUCAAAGUUAUCAUGCUGUUACUCUACAUAAUUCAGUGUGGGAAUAAGUGCACAUGUGUAAAUUUUCCUGAUUUAAACUGACAGUCUGAUUUUUCACCAUUUUAAAAUUUAUAUUCUUUAUCAAUAUCUUAAGGAAGAUGCAUCUUUCCUUGCUGAAGGAAUUCUGGGUGAAUAGUCUGGAGCUGGCCACAUACUUUUCUGCUUCUCCAUGUUUGUGCUGCUUACACUGCAGUAGUUACCCAUGCAAGGAAGAGGGAGCAGAGCUACAAUAAUGUUGUUGGUUAGUCAACAAGUGUUUCAUAUAUAAAAAUGUGUUUCUAUACUUCAUUUAUGCUGAAGCUUAAAUUAUGGUACUGUCUUUUUCUCACAUUUGAAGACAAUAUUUUAUUGCCUUACAGUGAAUUAAAAUUUCUGGAGAAGAGACGUAGAUCUUGAGUGCAUCUUCUGAAUAUUCUGUAUUCUUUUUCAAAACAAGUCCUAGUUUGUACCAUUACCUCCCAGUUUUCUUUCUAGAAGUCAUAGAUAGAGUACGGUCCAUCUUAAUGUAAGGAAAUGUACUGAACAGAAUGAGUCAUACUGAAUGUAAUGAUUUUCACAACUAAAGCCAGUUCUUUUCUGUCAUACAGUUAAGCAUAGAUCUUCAGUGAAUCUGAGUUUGUGUGCAACUUGGCUGCAGUCUGUAUUCUGACUAAAUAAGAAUCUACUUGUAGUGUAACCAUUGGAGCCAUGCCUUGUUGCAAUAAAAUAUUUAAAGGGAGAAGGAUACAAGCUUUAUGAUAUUAUACAAGCUUGUGGAUUUUUGCUGUAGAUAAUUCAGAUAUGCUGUUAAUUUUUCCUACUUUUACCGGUUCUUUUUUUCUGUUUUAAUGACAA